AUGGGCACUCACUACACCAGUAUCUUGCUGGCGUGUUGUCAUUACGUACAGGUACAUCAAGGAAGUAAAAGUAGAAGCACGCGCCAGUAUGUUGUGGGUAUGUUGUCAUUACGGUUGUGGGCAUGUUAUCAUUACGUACAUCAACAUCAAGUAAGUAGAGGUAGAAGUAUAAUCACGUCGAGAGCUAGAGUUGUCAUUAUCAAUGUCAUACGUAGAGAGGAAGAGGCAUUGUUUGUACUCCACAUUAAGCAGUCCGACAGCGACCACGUCGGAGUCUCAGUUUUAGUAUCUGAGAGCAGCGUAGUACUCGAAGUAACAAGUAGUAAUUGUAAACGAGGCACUACUGACUGGAGGUAGGUCUUCAUUGUCUUCAACAAAUAGAGUGCAAUCCAAUCUAUCAUGUUCAUGUCUCUGCUAGAGGUCUACCACAUGAGCAACGGCAGAAAUUCACUCAUCUAGAUACACGAAUAUGCACAGACUCUGGGCCAGUUAAUGUCAUGAACUUCCAACAUCUAUCAUGGUUGCAAAGUUGUAGCGUGUCAUCAUACUAGCCACAGGAUCACCUUAGUAGUACUAGCAAACGCACUGGCUCCGAAUUACUAUUCCAUCCACACCCACAGAGACGCUUUCUAGUAUCAAAGGAUAUGCGAAUGACAUGAUCAAAGAUGAUUCGGCCUAAUAUGUUAUGUCGACUCAAAUGCAUCGCACUCCUACGACUACGUAGGACGAUGUCGAAACCAAAUCCAAAUCUAAAUCCAAGCUCAACCAAACACAUCAGAGAACACCUCUGCCCUCUACCCCGACUCUGAAGCAUCUUUCUCUGCCCAGAAUUUUUCUGAAUGUGGUUGAGCACAUGGAAAAGAAAGCUAGAAAGUUUAA